ACGCGCGCUCACAAUGUUGUAUUUGGAAAAGAAAAUACCGGAAAUUGUACGUCCACUGUGUCAGUGGUAAUGAGUCGAACACAAAGGCAAACAGAGUGGGGCACUCCGCCACCAGAGGAAAGCCCGCGGUACCACACACACCGCUCUCCCAACAAUUAACUUUAUAAACAUUAAAACCCCUUGAAAUUAUAAAAAACUUAUUUUGUUUAUGAAGAAUGGGCUGUGCAAUAUCCGGUUUGGCUGAAAGUGCGGACUUGGGUGAGAAGAGCGCUCAUCCGGAUGGAGCACAUCUCAGCCAAGAUGACAUUGACAUGAUCAAGGAGUCGUGGAAAGUUAUCAGAGACGACAUAGCCAAAGUGGGCAUCAUAGUGUUUGUCAGGCUCUUUGAGACACACCCCGAAUGCAAGGAUGUCUUCUUCCUGUUCCGUGACGUCAAAGACCUGGAGAGGCUGCGGACCAGCCACGAACUCAGAGCACACGGACUACGGGUGAUGUCUUUUAUUGAGAAAAGCGUGGCCAGGUUAGACCAGCUGGAAAGACUGGAGACUCUGGCAGUGGAGCUGGGGAAAAGCCAUUACCACUACAAUGCCCCCCCUAAAUACUACAGUUACGUUGGAGCAGAAUUCAUCAGUGCUGUGCAGCCCAUCCUGAAGGACAGGUGGACCACCGAGCUGGAGGAGGCAUGGAAGACUUUGUUCCAGUACGUGACUGGCUUGAUGAAGCAGGGCUACGAGGAGGAGUGUGAGCGACAGAACCAUGCAGCAGGCUCCCCAAGGGAGAGAGCAGACAAGAGGAACACAGCCCUUUGAGGGACUGUACCACACAAGUCUUCAUGUACAUAGUGUGAAUACACCGAAGCACUGGAGUGACUUUUUAACACAGCACUUUAUUUGUCAACUUCAAUUCUGCUGCAAUCCCCUGACACAACACACUGCCUUGGACUUAGCAUGCAUCUUCCACAACUCAAACUUGCCUUUCAGUAAAUCUACAACGUGUACAUAUGUUGUGCUAUUUAGCUCCAUAAAGAUAUGGGAUUCAUGUUUCGAGUAACUGAAGCUUUCUACAGAACGCUUGAUUGACAAAAUAAGAUGGCCAAUGUGGCAGCUUCAUGUGGUCAUUAAAUGGGGGAAUAAUUGUACAAAAAAGUCAACAACUAGUUGAA